AUGGCCGAUACCUGCUUCAUGAAUAAACUUCCUGACGAUUUAUUGUUAAAAGUUUUUCUUGGGCUCUCUGCCAAAUCUGUUCUUCGAUGCAUGCAAGUCUGUAAACAAUGGCGCCAUCUCAUCUCUAGUCCCUUCUUUUUCCGGAGCUUGCUUCACUCCCAUCAUCAAGAUAAUAUCCCGGGGAUAAUUGUCCAGUAUAGAACAUUCAAAUAUAAUUCAAUCCGUCGGCCUAUCGAUCUCGAAGCCCCUGAUGAUUUGAAGCUUAAAUUUGUUCAACCACCAAAUCCAUGGGGAUUGUCUGUUAUAGCUUCUUUCAAAGACUUACUAUUGUGCGUCGACAAUUCUCGGUCUUUUUGUAUCUGCAAUCCCACUACAAAACAAUCUUUGAAGCUUCCUCCUCUUUCAAGACCCCAUGAUUUGUAUCAUGUGGGCUUCAUCUGCUAUCCCCUAAGCAAUACCGAUAUUCGGUACAAAUACAAAGUAGUGUUAAUAGAGAGUAUUCAUCAAUACUCUGAUAAGUUGAAGAUGUCAAUCUUCUGUUCGGAGAGAGGUAAAUGGAGCUCUUUUCAGGCGUCAUGCCCCCGACGGAUGAGAACUAAGAAUCUGAAAAGUGUUGGUUUUGCAUUCAACGGAAUCCUGCAUUGGCUAAAUCCAUUGGGAUUCGUGGUGGCUUACGAUGCGUUGAAGAACAAAGUUGGCCUCAUUAAUCUACCAAAUCAAGCAAUAAGAACCAAUUGUAGUUACCUUGGCGUGUGUGAAGGGAGUCUUCGAUUAGUCCAAGUGAACAAUUUUGAUGUUGUUAAUAAGAUUGUUGGUGUUUGGAGAUUGGAGGAUUGCAAUGCAGGCAAAUGGCGGAGGGAGCACAGUGUAGUAUGGUUGGGCGAGCGGAAUUUGGAUUUUGUAGCUUUCCAUCCUGAUAUUGCAGACCUUCUCUACUUAAAAAGGGAUGCUAAGAUCUUGUGUUGUAACCUGGAAACAGGAAGCUUGGAAGAGAUGGAUCCGCAAAUGGAUGAAUUUUGUUGUUACCCAUUUGUCCAACCGUGGUGGCCAACUCCAGUUCCUCGCAAUGUUGCUGCAUCUCAGUGGCCAAACCCAAUUCCUGAUCUAGUUGAUGAUAGAGAGUCAGAGACCAUCUUCAAUGUGUUUGAGAAAAUAAAAUGA